AUGUCACUCCCGGUGACAAUACCGGACUUGCGCUUUGAGGAGACGUUCAAGGCAAAGCUUAUCAAAAACGCAAUCGAGGAAAACCAGGCAAAGCAUACCACCAAAGAUGGAGAAAUUGACAAGCACAUUUCCACAGGGCUUAUUCUCAAGACGUUGUUUGUGGACCAGAUAGUGAUGCCGUUCAUCCAGAGCUUUUUGCUUUCGUCGCUGCUUUUUUACAUACGGCCGCUGGUCACCGUGUCUGCGAGGAAGGGCCACACGCUUGGCGUUUCGCUGGUGUCCUUCAUCAGAUCGACCGGGAGAACGAUAUUUUUCCUUAAUCCGUCCGAGUGA